CAAAAACGUAAAUAAGAAAAAGAAAUGGAACCUCAAGUCACGAUCCACAGAUAUUACAGCCGGCAAGCCAAGUACUCCGGAUCUGCUGAUGCGGACUUGGAACUCUGCAUCAAGCACUGUGACGGUGACGUGGUCAGAAUCGAAUUAGUGAACCGGCUCCAUGGAAUCCAACUGCAGCGCAAAAUACGCCGGUUGCUGCUGCUCGUCUUCUUGGCCAUCGCCUAUUUUGCCGGAGUAUGUGGCUUUGGGAGCAGAAACCUCGGCAUGCUGCAGCCCCGGAUCCUGUACCCGCUGGUUACUUGUGUUUCCGUGGCCGUCCUGAUGAUCCGAGCCACCCUCAACUUGGUGCAGGCAGAACGAUUGUUCUACAGCUGGGACAUGGCUCUACAGACGGAGACGGUGCGAUCCUUCGGCAGGGAAUCUGUGCUGUGCAUCCAGCGAGGACACAUACAGGAUAUUGUGCUCAACGAAGUCAUUGAAGAUUUAGAUGUGAAGUAUAUGCUGAUAUUAAGAACGAAAGGAAGCCAGUUCAAGACACGGCCCAUCGUACCCCUAUUUAAUAGCCAAUCUCCCUCGUUUGAGUGUCUGCAACACUUAUAUCGGGUCCUGCACGGAUAUUGGCUGAACACUGCAAAGGAUCGAUCGGAGCAGUCCUACAGCAAGGACAAACAAUACUUAGUGAAGUCGUAGUCUUUCACCGUGUUGCAAAACUGUUUGUAAACAAUGUGUUCAUUAAAAAUGGAGGCUGUUAGUCAUAUUAGAACAAA